UCCUUACUCCGCUGACGCAGCAGCUAGUGGAGCGGCUGCGACUGCUGUCAGGCGACAUGGCUGCUCAGAAAAUCAACGAAGGCUUGGAGCACAUCGCUAAAGCGGAGAAAUAUCUGAAAACUGGAUUGUUAAAAUGGAAACCAGACUAUGAUAGUGCAGCUACGGAAUAUGCAAAGGCUGCUGUUGCUUUUAAAAAUGCCAAACAAUUUGAUCAGGCAAAAGAAGCUUAUUUGAGAGAAGCUGUCUCCCAUGAAAACAAUAAAGCUCUCUUCCAUGCUGCAAAGGCUUAUGAACAAGCUGGUAUGAUGUUAAAGGAAAUGCAAAAACAUUAUGAAGCGAUAGAACUGAUAGAGAAAGCCAGUAUGAUGUAUCUGGAGAACGGGACACCUGACACAGCAGCUUUAGCGCUAGAUCGGGCUGGGAAGGUAAUAGAAAAUAUAAAUCCAAGCAAGGCAAUUCAGCUGUAUCAGCAGACAGCAUCAGUAUUUGAAAAUGAAGAACGCCUACGACAGUCAGUUGAAAUGUAUGGAAAGGCUUCAAGACUUCUGGUCAGAGGUCGGAGGCUGGAUGAAGCUUCAGCUUCUCUGCAGAAGGAAAAGAGUAUUUAUAAAGAUAUUGAAAAUUAUCCAACAUGUUACAAGAAAACUAUUGCUCAGGUCUUGGUUCAUCUUCACAGAAAUGACUAUGUUGCUGCAGAAAAAUGUGUCAGGGAAAGCUAUAGCAUACCAGGCUUCAGGGAAAGUGAAGACUGUGCAGCCCUAGAGCAGCUACUAGAAGGGUAUGAUCAGCAAGACCAGGAUCAAAUAUCUGAUGUCUGCAAUUCACCGCUCUUUAAGUACAUGGACAACGAUUAUGCCAAGCUUGGUCUCUCCCUGAGUGUCCCUGGAGGAGGCCUAAAGAAGAAAUCCCCAGUUGCUUCACAGGGCAACGCAGAAGGACCAACAGUAACAUCUCAUGAAAAUGAGGAAGAUGAUGAAUAUGCAGGUGGACUUUGCUAACUCCAGUUCUGUACGUUUCGCAAAUAUCAGACUAGCUGUUUCCGACUACUAAGCAAUUUCAGAGGUACCUGAAUUACCAUCACUUCAUUACAGUCAUGAAUCUGGAAGGAUAAUAAUGACUUGGCGGUUUUGGAGGUACGUAUUGAAAAGCAUGGCUGUACCUACUACCUUGGAGCAUUUGAUGUUACGUUCUUAAAUCAACUUUGUAGUGCAUCUACUUUAAUGAAGAAUUCAAGUACUGUAGCCUUCUGAAAAAGACAGUCGGAGAGAGAGAGCAUUUAUCUUCAGUAGUUCUCCAGAGUCUGUGGUUUCAGGGGCAUUGUUUCAUGCUCUUAGAUCAAAUCAAGCAGCCCCAUGAAAACUUGGACUUUGAAGAACAGGAAGUUUCAAUGCAGAAGUGUUAUGUAUUUUUAAGAAAAUAAUACUGAAUUAUUUGAAAUUAUCUUAAACAUCUGACAAGUAUCUCUGCUGUUCUUGUGUGGAUAUAACGUUGGGUGAAAUGUGUCUCUCUAAAAGAUAUAGGAGCACUGUGGGCCAGUUUCAAGAGAGCAUCCUCAUUUUUUCAGAAGUUUGAAUGUGGUAACUUGAUUGUUGUCAGUGUAACACCUCUGUGGACAAACUGUAGAAAAUGCCUACUGAGUAUUUGGCUAGUGAAUACUUUUUAACUUUAAAAUCUUCUGCUGUUUGGCAAAGUAGGCCUGUACAACCUUAGUUUAAAAAUACCAGUUAUUUAUCCGAAUGUUCGAUGUACGUCACAAGUACAAAUCUAGUUAGAUAUAAAAUGAUGCUGCUGUUUUGAGUUUCAGUGUUUGUAUCCCUAUCUGAAUGAGUUCUUUGGCGUGAUAUCAGAUGUGCAGGCUAUUGUACAAAGGAAUGUUUUCAAGUUUUAAAGACUUCUGAAAAAUUGUUUUUCAUAUUGUACUGAAUAAUAUUAUUAUAUUUAACUCUGUAAACUACUAAUUGUACAGAGAUGAACAGUAUGCCACAGCAAAGGAUCUUGAAGUGUGCUCUCUAACAUUCCCAUAGUAGUUUUGUGUGUAAGAGUGAAUCGACCCUACAUCAGGAACACCAUUCCCUUUUAAAUAUUUAUAUCACUAUGGAGUAAGGUAGUACAGGGCAUGGUAAUUUCCACAGUCUUUUGAAUGGAAAAGGCAACUCUGCCUACUUACGUACUGCCUACAUGUGCAAAGCUUCCUUGCCCAAAUGAACAGGUCAAUAUACAUGCUCAGAAGUGUGGAGUAGAGCACACCUUAGCGGCUAUGGAUUGGGGCAAUAAAGAUCCUGAGAUGCUUGAGAGUCAUGUAUUCUUUUAUGGCUAACAGAGGGAGCAUAGUUUUUGUAUAGCACAGACCUGAAAUAGCUCACAUUGAGUGAGAAUAGUGAAUAGGGGUGCAAUCCCCCCCCUCGGUAUUUUCUGUUUCGGGUCUAUUGGACCCCCCCAAAAUUUGGGAUUCCUGAAAAAACCUGGAUCCCAACACCAGUAAUGUAUUUGGAGCCAGGAUUUUUGGGAAAUUCUGAUUUUUUUCUGGUCCAGUAGACUGGAACUGAAAAAUACAGAGGGAAUAAAGAGCAGUGGCAAAGCUGCAAAAAGCUGCUGAGAGGUAGCUCAGCUGGGGCUCUUUUGGGUGGUCCCUUUAACCCGGAAUGCCCAAAAGAGCUUGUAUCCGGGGCUGUUUUUGGCAGUUUGGUUGAACAGCCCAAAAGAGCCCCAUCUGAGCCAGCAGGGAGAGUGCCCUCCCCUGGCUGUUUUGUGGGCUGUCUUCUUCAGUCCUUUUAAACACCCCGUUUAAAGGAAUUGCAGAAGAAAGCCCCAAAACAGCUGUGCACUGGGAGCAAUCUGCUUCAGCCCCUUAGCUGUUGUUCCAAGUUUGCCGGUAAUUCCAAGUUUGCCGGAAUUGGGGGGGGGGGCUUGUUCCUGUUCUCCAAAAAAAUCCUGGUACAUUUGGGAUUCUGAAAUAUACCCGAAAAAUACUGAUACAGUGUUUUUCGGGUAUAGUUUUGGUUCAGGUAGCCCUGAAUGCACACCCCCUAAUAGUGAAUAUUGUGUGAAUAUAGUGAAUAAUGUACUACUCAGCAGUUCUGUUCAGUAAGUUCAAAAGUUUGUGGAGAGAUGAUAGGGAUAUGUUAAGGGACAUAAAGCAGAGUAUGUGAGAAGGAAGUCAUACCUUAAAACUGGACAGCAGUGAGAGUGUCAGUACUGAAAUUUGCCAAGGUUGAUAUAGCUUGCAGUGGGUAAUGCCUCCACACGACUUUUAUUUUAUCUAACAAAAGUCAUGAAAAUGCUAUUGCCAUUAUUAAACGUUUUAAAAAGUAGUGCUUCAUUUGUGUUCCAAGCAAUUUGCACACUACUUUUUGCCUCCGAUGGAAAAUUCAUCAAGGAGAAACUUUUUGGAGAUUAAUGCCAACCUUUCAAGAGCCAAAGCAAGUACUGGUUUGCAUGAAGAUGCUAAAAUGUAGUCCAAUGUUAUCACGUUAUCAAAUAUGACUUAUUUGUACACUCAGAUGCUGUGUAAACUGUGUUUAUGCAAUGUGAAACCUGUGCUUUUAUUGUAACUUUCCCUGUCCAACCUGUGGGAUGCAAUAGAAUAUCAGACACGUUCUAAUUGUUCUUCAGAUGCAGCCUCUAAGAAAAGGCAUUGUAUGUCACAGGUAAAAAUAAAAUUUAAAGUGGGUA